UAUACCAUCCCUCCGGGGAAGGCUGAGCAUUUGCAAAUUCCGGCUCCAGAGCGCGGCGAGCAUCAUAUCAUAUCCUAUCUUAUUCCCGCCGGGUGGCAGCCGCAGAGCAGGACGAGGCUUCCCGGCUCCUGGUUAUCCUAACGCCGCCAGCGCUAUCCCCGCCCCGCGCCUCCCGUGCAACCGAGCGGCGGUCCGCGGGGUUCCGCCGGGAGCCGAGCUCCCAGCUAGAGACCCUGUCUCUCUCCCUGCAGCGCAGGCACAGGCAGAGCCCUGGGUGAGUAGUCCGGGAGCUCCCGUAUUCCUCCAGGCAGGCCAGAUACGUUCAGGCUCCCUUCUCCACACCCCUUUCAUUGGUGCCUGGAAGGUGGAGAGAGAUCUGUUCUCUGGCUGAACAGUCAUGACAGCUGAAAAGACUAUUCCUAUAAUUAAUGGAAAGCCAGAAGAUGCUUUGGACCCAGAAGCCUCUAGUACCAACCUCGUCCACAUCAAUGAUAAGAAAGUUCACGAAAGAGGUCACUGGAACAAUAAGGUUGAAUUUGUGCUUUCUGUGGCAGGGGAGAUUAUUGGGUUGGGAAAUGUAUGGAGAUUCCCAUAUCUUUGCUACAAGAAUGGAGGAGGUGCUUUCCUCAUCCCAUAUGUGGUUUUUUUUAUUUGCUGUGGAAUACCAGUAUUCUUCUUGGAGACAGCCUUGGGACAGUUUACUAGUGAAGGAGGUAUUACAUGCUGGAGAAAAGUUUGCCCUCUAUUUGAAGGCAUUGGAUAUGCUACCCAAGUUAUAGAGGCACACCUAAAUGUAUAUUACAUCAUCAUUUUAGCAUGGGCUAUCUUCUAUUUGUUUAACUGCUUUACUACAGAGCUUCCUUGGGCUACCUGUGGGCAUGAUUGGAAUACAGAAAACUGCGUGGAAUUUCAAAAACUUAACAUGAGCAACUGCAGUCAACUCUCUUUACAAAAUGCCACUUCUCCAGUGAUGGAAUUCUGGGAACGAAGGGUACUUGCUAUAUCUGAUGGAAUUGAAGACAUUGGGAAUCUACGCUGGGAACUUGCACUGUGCCUCCUUGCUGCUUGGACUAUCUGCUAUUUUUGCAUUUGGAAGGGAACAAAGUCUACUGGAAAGGUUGUGUAUGUUACAGCCACCUUCCCCUAUAUCAUGUUGAUGAUUCUCCUCAUUCGUGGAGUAACGUUACCAGGUGCUUCCGAGGGGAUAAAAUUCUACUUGUACCCUGACCUUUCCCGACUGUCUGACCCACAGGUGUGGGUGGAUGCUGGAACACAGAUAUUUUUCUCCUAUGCGAUCUGCUUGGGGUGUUUGACAGCUCUGGGAAGCUACAACAACUAUAAUAACAACUGCUACAGAGACUGCAUCAUGCUCUGCUGCUUGAACAGUGGCACAAGCUUUGUUGCUGGUUUUGCUAUCUUUUCAGUUCUUGGAUUUAUGGCUUAUGAGCAAGGCGUGCCCAUUGCAGAAGUCGCAGAAUCAGGACCAGGACUUGCAUUCAUUGCCUAUCCUAAAGCUGUUACCAUGAUGCCUCUUUCUCCUCUGUGGGCAGCUCUGUUCUUUAUGAUGCUCAUAUUCCUUGGAUUAGAUAGUCAGUUUGUGUGUGUUGAAAGCCUGGUGACAGCUGUUGUAGAUAUGUACCCAAAAGUCUUCCGAAGGGGCUACCGAAGAGAACUGUUGAUUCUUGGCCUUUCCAUUGUGUCCUACUUCAUCGGCCUAAUAAUGUUAACUGAGGGUGGGAUGUACGUCUUUCAGUUGUUUGACUCUUAUGCAGCUAGUGGCAUGUGCCUUCUCUUUGUUGCCAUAUUUGAAUGUGUCUGCAUAGGCUGGGUUUACGGCAGCAAUCGCUUUUAUGAAAACAUUGAAGACAUGAUUGGGUACAGGCCACUGUCACUGAUCAAAUGGUGCUGGAUGGUUCUAACUCCCGGGAUUUGCGCAGGAAUCUUCAUCUUUUUUCUGGUGAAGUACAAGCCUCUAAAAUACAACAAUGUCUAUAUAUACCCUGACUGGGGCUACGGCAUAGGGUGGAUGAUGGCACUCUCUUCCAUGAUCUGUAUCCCCCUGUGGAUCUGCAUUAAGCUGUGGAAGACAGAAGGCACUUUCAUAGAGAAAUUCAGGAAGCUGAUUACACCCAGCUCAGAUCUGAAAAUGAGAGGGAAGCUUGGAGGAGGAGCCUACGUUGCAGCAAUCAAUGACUGCGAUGCCAAACUGAAAGGAGAUGGCGCCAUUUCAACCAUUACAGAAAAGGAGACGCAUUUCUGAAAGAACUCUCUUUUUUUGAGUUGUUUUGGGGGUUUUUUUUUGUAUAAAUAAAUGGAUAAAUAAAUUCACUUAAUCCUA